AGACAGAGAGCGAGAGAGAGAGGAGAGCUAACGGCGGUGUGCUGAUCGAGAGGAGCUCUCACACAUACGGUAUUUAUUUAGCUCGUUUGUUUAAAGUCUACGGGAGAUAACAGGUCGGUUCUGUAACGUACCCGAAAUAACGUGUAGAGCUGAAUUAACGGUUUAAGCUUCAAUUAACUGACCGUCAAAGCGCCGUUCUACUGAUCCCAUAUACUGUCCUCUCUCUAUGGGGAAGGUAGAAGAUGGAGGACAAAAGCCCACGUGUAGCGGACUACUUUGUGGUGGCAGGCCUGACCGACUCCUCUAAACCUUUCGAGGAGGAUGUGACCUCAGAGGAGGGCUGCCAGAGGAGCUCGGCUCAGCCCAAGGCCCCCAUCACCGAUGUGGCGGUGGUUAUUCGCUCUCAGGGUGAGGAGGUACCACGGGGCUACACCUGCAUAGACUGCACCCCCUCAGGCCUGCCCGCCGAGCUGAACGGAGGCAGUCUCAUGGGCCCACAGAUAUUCCUGUGUUACAGACGAGGCCGGGACAAGCCACCCCUCACUGACCUUGGAGUGCUCUAUGAGUGGAGGGAGAAACUAAAGCCAGGCUGUCACAUUAUCCAGACCACACCCUCCGGUCGCCCAGCCAACAUCAGUAGUUCCUCCUCCCAGAGGAUAUACAUUACGUACCGGCGUGCCCCUGAGAGUCAUUCUCAUUCCUCAUUGGCUGUCACAGACAUUUGUGUCAUUAUUCCUGGCAAAGGAGAGACACCACCACAUGCCUUCUGCAAGGUGGACAAGAACCUCAAUAGCAGCAUGUGGGGGUCCUCAGUAUACCUGUGCUACAAAAAGUCUUUGGCCAAAACCAACACUCUAGCAUUCAAAGCAGGCCUCUUGUCCAGGUACCCUGAGGACGACUAUGACUCUUUCCCUCUGCCUGAGUCAGUACCCCUCUUUUGCCUGCCAAUGGGAGCCUCCAUAGAGUGCUGGCCCUCGCACACCAAAUACUCUCUCCCUGUUUUCUCGACAUUCGUACUCACAGGAGCCUCUGGAGAGAAGGUUUACGGUGCAGCCAUCCAGUUCUAUGAGCAGUACCCUGAAGAGAAUUUGACAGAGAGACAGCGCUCUCAGCUAGGCCUGCAAAGCGGUGGCCUGAAGGCAGACGACUCCAUUUCAGUUCAAACCAACAAGAGCAUCUGCCUUCUCUCUCACUGGCCCUUCUUUGAUGCCUUCCGCAGCUUCCUCACCUUCCUCUACCGCUACUCCAUUUCUGGACCUCACACACUGCCCAUUGAGAAGCAUAUCUCUCAUUUUAUGCACAAAGUUCCCUUUCCCUCUUCUCAAAGACCACGGAUUCUUGUGCAGCUGUCUCCACAUGAUAGCCUGAUGCUGAGCCAGCCAGUGUCCUCUCCUCUGCCUCUGAGUGGUGGAAGGCUCUCCACACUGCUGAUGAACCUGGGUCCUAAGAAUGCAGUUACUCUACUGGUUCUGGCUGUGACUGAGCACAAGAUUUUAGUGCACUCUCUGCGGCCGGCUGUGCUGACCAGUGUGACUGAGGCCCUAGUGUCGAUGAUCUUCCCCUUCCACUGGCCUUGCCCUUACAUUCCUCUGUGCCCGCUAGCUCUGGCCGAUGUCCUCAGCGCUCCAUGCCCGUUCAUAGUCGGCGUCGACUCGCGCUAUUUCGACCUGUACGAGCCACCAGCAGACAUUAGCUGUGUGGACCUGGACACCAACACAAUCUCCCACAAAGAGGACCGCAGAGCCCUCACGUGGAAGAUCCUGCCAAGGAAAGCCUGCAAACAUCUGAUCAACACCCUCAGCAAUCUCCACCAGCAACUGCUGGAGGGUUAUCAGCUGAGUCGUGAAGAAGGGCAGAUGGAGGCGGCCAUGAGUGAGCGGGACCCUGGCAGUGGUGUGAAGAGUCUGCAGACGUUGGAGUUAGAGAUUCAAGAAGCUUUCCUGCGCUUCAUGGCUGCCAUCUUGAAGGGUUACCGCUCCUACUUGCUUCCCAUUACGCAGGCGCCCUCAGAAAAAGCGACUGAUGCCAGCUCUCUGUUUGACCUGCAAGGGUUCUUGAAGAGCCGUGACCGCUCACACCAGAAGUUCUACUCUCUCAUGAUGAAGACUCAGAUGUUCAUCCGUUUCAUCGAAGAGUGCUCCUUUGUCAGCGAUAAGGACGCAAGCCUAGCAUUCUUUGAUGACUGUGUCGAUAAGCUCUUUGGCACAGAAAAAGGAGGAAAGGUGGACAGUGAGAGGCCAGAGGACACAAGGCUCAUUGAACUGGACAAAUCACAUCGCAGUGAGCACACAGUCUACAUCACACCCCCAGAGUUGCCCCUUGUGCCUGAAGGAGAGGAGCCAUCUAUGCUUUAUAGAUACAGCGGGUUCCCUGUGCUGAAUACAGAGCUUUGUGAGCCCCAGGAGGGCCCCAGCAUCCCCAUGGCAACCUCGACCUCCAGACACACCAGCCCCGGGAGCCCUGCCGCCAUCUUCCGUCGCUCGAAACAGGAGAUCAAAUCGGCCCAGCGCAUGGCCAAGACCUACUCGUCCAUCCCUCAGAUGUGGUCCAAGUGUCUACUGCGCCACUGUCAUGGCCUGUGGUUUAUCUGCCUGCCUGCCUAUGUGGCCGCGUGCCACUCCAAGGUGCGGGCACUGCGCACCGCCUAUGACGUCCUAAGAAAGAUGCAGGACAAGAAGUUGCAGCCCCCUGAUGAGGUGUGUUACCGGAUCCUGAUGCAGCUCUGCGGGCAGUAUGGGCAGCCAGUUCUGGCUGUGCGUGUACUAUUUGAGAUGAAGAAAGCUGGGGUCCAGCCCAAUGCGAUAACAUAUGGAUACUAUAACAGAGCUGUGUUAGAGAGCACAUGGCCUUCCUCCACCAGAGGGGGCUAUUUCCUGUGGGGUAAGCUGCGGAAUGUGGUUCGGGGUGUGGUGCAGUUCAAACAAGUGUGGAAGAGACAGGCUGGUCAGCCCAAAGAUACACAUCUCUCAGAUGCCAGUGAUCUCGACAGUGUCAGCCAUGGCAGUCUGGACAGCACCAAUGACUCGGCAGAACGAGCCUCUAUUGAUACCGACUUCACCAAAAUGGACUUGAGCGAUGAUGGAUCCAGCACAGGUGGUCAGUCAGAUCAGGGCUAUGACUCUCUGUCUAAGGAGGAGGUGCGGAUCGGCACAGGAGAGGAGCAGGAUGGCUCUCCUCACAUGAAGGAGAAGGAGAGAGUCUCCAGCCCACUGUCUGAAACAGGAAUUUCUAGAAAAGAGGACACCUCCCCUCCACUGAGACCAUCGUCCUCCUCAAGCUUACAAAAUGGCACAGACGUCCUCUCCAGAGCCCUCCCCAAGAGACCGAACUCACUGGACAUCUUUGGAGAGAAGGCUGUAAGGCCCAGCAGGUUAGAUCUGACCCCAGAUCAGCCGGCAGACAUCUCUAGUCCUGCUUCUGCUCAGGGACUUCAGCAGAAACUGCCUGAUUCAGAGAAGGAGGAACAUGAAGUAGAGGAGGCCAGUGAAAAUAUGAAAGCUGCUGUAGAGAGGAGCACCGGUUGCACAGUCACCAUGGAGACGAAUGUUGCCAUGGUGCGCGGACACUGCGGUGUGGAGCGGAGUGCAAGCUGCAGUGGUGCUCUAGGCCGGGGAGUGACUCGGACAGGGAUUGAAGCUGGCUUUGACCCACUCUCCCUGCUGGCGGCUGAGACCAAAGUGCAAAGUAAGGAGGCUGGUGAGGCAGCUGAAGCUCCAGCUGCCCGCCGCGACCUAGCUGAGGAAAUUCAGCUCUACAUGGAGCACUUGAGUAGCCCCAUCAGCCAGAGGUCACUCAGCGCGGACCUGCGGGGCCUCCAGAGCCCCUCACCACUCGGCUCGCCACGCCCAGCCACCCUUCUUGGGUCACCAGGCGGCUCAGGACAGCUGCAGCCACAGCCCCGUAGCAGACUGUUCUCCUCUCCCUCACUGCCACAGGGACGCCCCCGCAGGAGCAAAGAGGCACGGCCCACCUCCCUGGCCUCUCCCUCCUCCCCCACACCCUCCACCUCCUCUUUCUCCAUGGACUCCCUGCUCACGCCCACUCUGGAUGUCUUCAAAAGUAGCUUCCUGUCUGCAGGCAAGGGUGUGGCUGAGAAGGCCAGCCGACUCUAUUCUAAACUGUCCUCUCAAACAUCUAUCGCACAAGACCUGAACUCUGACCGGGUCAGUGUGUCCUCACUGGGGUCAGGUGACCCUGACUCAUCCUCUUUGUUUGAAGGAGACUCUUGCCCAGACCCGGAAAGCCUGUCCUCCCCACAGCGAGACACCUCCCUCAGCGUAACUCGGCCCAGGAGGAGCCCACGCAGAAACAGCCGCUGUCUGGAGAGCCCCUCUGCACCACCCAGACUAUUCCGCCAGGCCUCCUUAACCGGCUCAUCUUUGGCAGUGGUGAAAGCCCCACAGACUCCCGAUGUGUGUCCUGAGGCCAGCCUCGCUCAGGCUCAUCAAAAUUAUGCCAUUGAGGUGCGCAUGUCCAGCUGUUCCCGCUGUAACACCUGUGAGUGUCUUGUGUAUGAUGAGGAGAUCAUGGCGGGCUGGACCGCUGACGACUCCAACCUAAACAGCACCUGCCCCUUCUGCGGCUCGCCUUUCCUGCCCCUGCUCAACGUGGACAUCAGAGACUUGACUGCCCAGACCAGAACAACUUGUCAAGACCUACCCAGCUCCCAGACUCAAAUAAGUGAUGCGUCAGAGCCCCAAGAGGAGCUCUCACAGAGCCCUGACUCUACCGGCAGUCCAUUCAGCAGUGCUAGCAGAAGCACAGAGCCAGUGACUGUGCCUUACCUUAGCCCUCUGGUGCUGUGGAAGGAGCUGGAGAGCCUGCUGGAGAACGAAGGUGAUCAGGCCAUCUCCUCAGCCGCCAUCGUGGACCAUCACCCCAUUGUCUUUUGGAACCUGGUGUGGUUCUUUCGCAGGCUGGAGCUGCCCAGCAGCCUGCCCGCCCUCAUCCUCAGCUCCAAGCACUGCAGCCUAGACGAGCAGCUCCUCCAGAGCAGUACAUCUGAGGACAGUAAGAACGUGCUGGUACAAAUCCUGUGGGACAACCCCAAACUGCACCAGGACCCUGUCGCGCCCUGCUACACGCUUUGGAAUACACAUUGUGCAAAUCCGUCUGCUUCUGCCUCUUUGCUGGAGGAGGAGCCGGCAGUGAGCCUAGAAGUGUUGCAGAGCGUGGUCAGAAGCAUUCAGAAGAACGACGUCUACCAGCCCAUGAGUCAGAUACUGCAGCUACUUGGCAAGAGGCUGGGCUUCGUCAGGCAACGGAGCUUGUAUAGAGAUAUCUUGUUCUUGUCUCUGGUGGCUUUGGGCAAGAACAGUAUCAACAUCGAUGCUUUUGAUCGCGAGUACAAGAUGGCAUAUGACCGUCUGACCCCCAGUCAGGUCAAGAUGACUCAAAACUGCGACCGACCACCCAGCGCUGGAGUCAUGGAGUGCAGAAGGACUUUUGGGCUGCCAAGUCUGUGAUUUCUCUCGUGUUUUGCCUCUCCCCUCCCUCCAUCAUACAGAGGAAGAGACACGCAGUCUGAGACACGUCAUGCCCAGCCAAAGAAGGAGCACCAUACUGACAUGAUCCUGAAGAUUAAGUGUUACCAAAGCUACCUCUGGCUCCCAGCAGCCAAGUAGACACUGAGAGGCAUUUCCAUGCACAACCGUGGUAUGUGGCCAGUUUGCUCCCCAUUCACUGUGUACUACCUGUGAAUACUUUGUGUUGUUUUUUUAACACACUGUUUACCUCAUAUUUUCCCCUAAACCUCACACUCCCCGACACAUCACCCCGAAGGCCCGAGUCACAUUCAAACUCUUAGCUCCACUCAGGUAAUACUUAGUACUGAGGUCAUUGUAGAUUAGGAGCAAUAUCAUCUAGUGCUCAGGUCGUAGCAUCACUCCCAUCAGAUCACAUAGAGACGAUCAUGGAGUGGUUUUGGGACCAGUAGCAGUAGAAUAAUAACACAAUCAUGUUUAGGGCCCUAAGUAGAGAAGCACAAUGAACAACCCCCCCCCCGUGAAAACUUCAGAGUUUCCACACAUUCCUCUCCCAGUAUUCCAGGGGCACUUGUAUAUUGUUGCAAAACAAAGUCACCUUUGUGUAUAUAGACUAUUAUUAUAUUAUUUAGAAUAUUUGUAUUAUAAAGGUAUAUUUUAAGACUUGUAUUGUUAUAACUGACUUGUCUCCAUUUGUAAAGGAAAUACCAUGUGGUGUGUUUGAGAGUGUGGCGUCUGUGGUUAUGGUCCUGGAGACCAUUGUGGUAUCUGUGAAGUGUCUUUUGAGUAGGUGAGGUACAGAACUGGACCAAAUCAAAUGUUGACUCAUGAAUUACGAGACUGUUUACAUGGUGACUGGAAAAUGUAAAUGUAUUGUGUACUACUAAUGUAAUUCAGUGAUGGGGAAUUUUUUCUACUUUUGAACUGAGCAACCAGAGCAAUGCCUUAUGAAAUGGCAAAUGAGCUGUGGAACUACACUAUGGAGACCAACUACAGAAAGCGUUUUCAACUACUCCAUUAGGGAUUACAACUCUGGAAUGAGACUGAUGAUGGAUAUUUCCUUGUCCACAUCAGCUGAUUCAGAUACUUUGGAAUAGUCAUUACUUUGAAGACAAAUGUGGACAGUUUUGCAUCAUAUUCAACAGCUUAAAGAAACACUAGGUUCCAUUAGCACAGUGCACUGCUUUCAAUAUGGGUUUUGUUUUUUUUGUUUUUUGUUUGUUUUUUUUUGUUGUUUUUUUUUUUGUACAGUGCACAGCCCAAAAUGCAUAUUUAUCUAGGACAUGGGCUGGGUGAAGUGGUUUUGUUUUGGCCCUGCUAUUGGUCAAAACCAAUUUAAAAAAAGUACUAUAUAGAUUUUUUUAAUGACAUGGCAGUUUUCUGUCAGUAACAUAUGGUUCCAGUAUUAUCAUUCAUUCCUAUUGUGCAUUUUUUUUAUUCUUUUUAUAAAUUGUUUACGGUACUAUUAGAAAUGGUACACUGUCAUGGUACUUGAGAUGAAAUACACAGAUGUAAAGAGCACAUGAGCACUUAAGUCAGUUACAUGAGGGUAAUGAAAUGUUCAGUGACUGCAGCAAAUCUAUUUUUACAUAGCUUCAUCUACCUUUAUUUGCUUGGUAGCAUUAAUCAAAUCUACACUGAUUUUAUUAGUAUCUUUACCAUUACUGUUUUUUCUUAAAAUGCUAUUAAGUAAGCAGUUUACUAUUAUAUGCCAUAGUUAUUGAUUAUUGGAUUAUUGGAGUGCAAUGAUUAUUCUAUCCCUAGCAAAGAAAAUACAAAACAAAUACUGAAGAAUCCUUCUCCAAAGAGUUUAGUUUACUCAGUCUGACCAGAUGCUGUGCAAAACUACGGAAUUAGAUGCCCUGACACUGCCUUUGAUGUUUUGCCUGCUUUUGUUAUCUCCUUCGCCCUAAAUCUUGUUUCAGUAGUAAAACAAACUAGUGGCAAGCUAAUUAAAAAACAAACCAUAUUCAAAUCAAAUGCUAAACAUUUCAAAACUGUUGAAAAGCGAUGUACGAAUUGAUUUUUUGUAUGCUGAAGUACUGUUAUGGGCUGACACGUUUUACACACAUCAUCUCUUGCGUUAAUUCGUGUUUAUAUUUGUAUAUUCAUUAUUCCACCAGAUCCAGGCGAGAUCUGCUGAAGUUGUUUAUAAUUGUAAAUAAACUCACUCCAACAGUCA